UGACAAGUGAGCAGACCGGCGGACAGAAUUCAAAUUCAAAAACUUAACGAAUAACGAAACGAAGCAGGAGGAAUUGAAGGAAAUUGGUAAUGAAACAUCUGACAGUGCAUGUUCUCUUCAUCUUCCAUUUUCGAUUUCUUCGUUUCACUUUCUUCUUCUAAUCUUUCUUCCUCGUAUGGGUCUCAGUGAAAAGUGAAUAAUAGACAGGAGAAACCCUUACUUGUUUGAACCAAGCCGGGGAAAAAUGGUGGAAGCAAAACUUUCUUACGAGCAAAUCCGUCUAAAAAGAUUGGAAGAGAAUAAGAAAAGGAUGGAAGAGCUGAAUCUCAAUAAGCUCUCUAAAGCCCUUCGUAAAUCCGCUAAGCCAUCUCCUGCCAAGCAAGUGAAACCGCGGGCGGCUCGGCUACCGGCGGACUUGACGCCCCUGAGAAGGUCGAACCGUGUGGCUGACAAGCCGCCUCCCAAUUACAAGGAUGAGCCAGUUGAGCCUUUGAGGGGUGUUAGAAGGAGCUACCAAAGGAGGGAUUUGUUAAACCGUGUUUACGCUUCAGACAAAGCAAGGUUAUAUGCUAUUGAAAGGGCAGAACAGGUUCGGUCAGGUCUAGAACCUGAGUUCCCAAGCUUUGUUAAGCCCAUGUUACAGUCUCACGUGACUGGAGGAUUCUGGCUGGGCUUGCCUGUACAAUUCUGCAAGACACAUCUUCCCAAGUACGAUGAAACGAUUACUUUGGUGAAUGAGGAACAAGAGGAGUUCCCCACAAAAUAUCUUGCUGAUAAGACCGGCCUUAGUGCUGGGUGGAGGGGAUUUGCCAUUGAUCAUCAGCUCGUUGAUGGAGAUGCACUGGUCUUCCAGCUUGUCUCACCCACAGAAUUUAAGGUAUACAUCAUCAGGGCCAAUGAAUCAGAUUCGGAAGAUUACAAAGAUGAUGAAAGGGAUCCGGAAACUACACACUCAAAUAGAAGGUCAAAAAGAAUUAAGACAGACAGAAAGUGAUAUUUCAUGUUCUUAAAGUGGAACUUUUGGGCUAUACAAGAAAGUGGCACAGAAUUAAUGUUGUUAAAAGUGAUAUUUCAUGUUCCCAAAAUGAAAGCUCCUGGCUUUUGGGGUAUACAAGAAGUGGCACAGAACUAAUUCUUUUUGCUUUUCACUUGGCCAUUCCCCAGCUGUUUAUUUAGACUUUUUAAGUUUUAACACAGUCAAAAACUUGCUUAUCUAUGUGAUUCUCAAAAAGAAAAAAACUUAUAUAUGUUCGGGGCUUGUUUUUGCCUGAGAAGAAUGGUUAAAGAAGAACUUCACAGUGUCUCUAUCUACAUACGUGCAUAUGUAUAUAUAUAUAUUAUCUAAUAAUCGUGAAAUCACU